ACAUGCAGCACAACUGGAGCAAGGGUGCUGUUGAACUAUACCAGGAUUAGGUGCCCUCUAAAAGUACCGCACCCUUCUCCUAUAUAUUAGGGGAGGGAUGUGCAUCAUAUAUACAGCGUCCAGCAACUUUAUUGAAGGUCAGCAGGUCCUGCUGGGAGAUCAGACUGUCAGAACAAUUUACUGAACUUCAGAGAGAAAUACACUGGGGAGUGUGUGUAAAGUGAUGCUGUCACAGGCACAGAGAAUCCCCUAACUUAGUUCCGUCUGCAGUCCCUGCUGCCUUAGGGAAAGCACAGAGUUUAUUUCUGUAGCCUGAGUGGAAAGAAGAAUAUCAUUGGACAAGGGGACUGGCUCCCAUCCAGCAUGAAAGCUGUAUAUACUUGUGACAAGAGGCGCUUGCCUCAGACCGAGGGAAUCACAGACUGCUCCUGUCAAGAGUCAUAGACAGCUUGUAUCAGAGUGCUACCAGCAAGUUCCGCUAAAGGGCAAGGCACUGUCUAUAAGAAGACACAGACUGUGUCAACUGAGGGGGAAAAAACACUUUAUAUUCAUUUCUUCUCAAGAAACCUAAGAAUCCAUAAAAAGCCAAGAUGUGCAAAGGAUUAGCUGCCCUGCCUCACACCUGCCUGGAAAGAGCCAAGGAGAUAAAGACCAAACUUGGGACUCUCCUCCAGAAGCCUGAAUCAGCCAUCGAUUUGAUUAUCCCCUACCCAGAUAAGCCUGAAAAACCACCGAAAGCUUCCAAGCCAUCAGCUGAAGAAGCAGGGCAAUGGCGUGAUUCAUUGGAAAAGCUGCUAGAGAACAGCUAUGGUCUCUCUGUCUUCCAGAGUUUCCUGAAGUCAGAGUUCAGCGAGGAGAACAUUGAGUUCUGGAUGGCCUGUGAGGAUUACAAAAAGGCCAAGUCUCCAUCCAAGAUGACAACCAAGGCUAAAAAAAUCUAUGAAGAGUUCAUCCAAACAGAGGCUCCCAGAGAGGUCAAUAUCGACCAUUUCACCAAAGCUGUUACCAUGAAGAACUUGGUUGAACCAUCGUCUGCAAGUUUUGAGCUUGCCCAGAAGAAGAUCUUUGCUCUUAUGGAGAAAGAUUCACUGCCCAGAUUUGUGCGCUCUGAAUUCUAUCAAGAGCUAAUAAAGUAACGGCAUGAUGGAGCUGUGCAGUGGAUCCUCAGCACUCCUUGAGUCCCAGACACUGGUUAGCUGGUAUUUUCCUAUUGCAUCUGCUUUGGCCAAUGUGUGCUUUGUUUGGUUUUGUAGUUAAGGUAUCCUUCAUAAUAUAAAAGUUUAAAAAUAUACGUCCCCAGGUACAUCACAUCUAACCAUUUCAGUGAUGUAUAUAUGAUGGGGUCCAUCAGUGCUGAGAUGUUAUAUCCCAAAUUGUUCACACAAACCUAUCCCAGUGUGUGUUGGAGAGACAGGUCUUAACUAGGGCGUAUUGAUAUAUUCUAAUGUUAAAUGCUUAGAACAUGAAUAGGUUAGCACUCUAGAGUUAAUGUGCCAUGAAGAGAAGCUGAGAAAGAUAAGUGUUGCCCACUAUCUUGUAACAGUAAAGAAUAUACUUAAUCUUCAGGGAAGGAAACUGCUCACUAUAUAUACACAGGUGAAGGACAUGGUAAAAGUAAUCACAAAUGUACAUAGUAAGUUAGGUUAAAAAAAAAUGGACGCCCAUCUAGUUCAACCUUUUAAGUCUAUAUAUAACAUGCCUAACUUCUAGUUGAUCCAGAGGAAGGCAAUAAAAAAAGCUUUUGAAGCCUCUCUAAAUUCCUUCCUCACUCCAAGAUGUCAAUGGGACCAAUCUCUGGAUCAAUCGGACCAGUCCCUGGAUCAUGUACUCACACAAAGAGACAAGUCCCAUGGGACCAUCCAUAUAUAUUUAAACCUGUCACUAACAAGGUAUUCCAUAAGACCCCGCCCUUCCAUAAUGACCUACAUGUAAGUUUUUUCCACGGUAUGGGCCUUGUAAAAUGAUUACAUCUGUUGGAAAAGGAAACUGAAAGAAUGCAUGAAUAGAACUUUGUAAUAAGUCCAGCUAAAUGUGUACUUCCAAAUUAAAUCUGUUUUAAAAAUGUAUAAUUUGAAGCAGUGGAAUUUAUGACUAGUGUGACUUUAUAAGAAGACACCAAACACAGAUUUCAACCUUCUUUAAAAAUAAGGAAUGUGUUAAUUGGAGCAUAUAUUGAUGACAAAUUUAGCUUAACGCUUCCAUUGCACUUUAGAGAUCUCUUUAGAUUUGAACACAGGAGAACAACUGCUUUUACAUGCCCUGGUGACCUGCACAGAUUGUGAUUGUAUGUUAUUUAAUGGAUUACUUAUCUAAACUAGAAAUAGGGCUUUUUGGAUGAAGCUCUUAGUCACAUGAUAAGUAAAGGGAGAUUAUAUGGCUUGAUAGUAGUCAGGUGUAUGGGUUACGGGAAUUGGUUGAAAUGCUUACAGAAAGGUUCAAUAGGAUUGAAUUAAGUAAAAACGGUAUAUGUGGGAGCUGAAAGCUUGCCAAUAAAGGCUCUCAGGGUUUAAAGUGAAAGCAUUACAAUAGGAAUAACUGAAACAUACUUAAUCUCAUUUAAUAAUAAUAAUAACAACCCUUAGCAUCUGCCACCAUUGCCUUCUGUUGCUUUUUAUCUAAACACCUCUUUAUGUCAGUAAAAAAUAUUUAAAAUCAGAUAUGGCAUAUUAUGGUGGAUCCCAUUAAAUUUCAGCUAAGUGGUGUGUGUGUACACAAGAUGAUAUUACCUAACUUUUCUAAUCAUAAUUUGCUUCAUGCAAAAAAAACUGCCAUGUCACUGUGUAACUGCAACAUUAUAUUCUAAUCUGGAAGAAAAAAAGUACCCCAAGAUAAUUCAGAGCACUGUUAUUGACUGAUAGAACCCCCUAAAAUUUUUAUGAGAAAGAUACGGUAUUUCUCUUUUGCCAUACUCUUCCCAAAUUAUUUAUAACCUCCUCCUCUAUUUUCCAUAUUUUCAUUUGUAAACACCACCCACCUCUUUAUGACUCAGGAUUUGAAUUGCUGGUCUAUAUCAUAAACUAAACAAAAUAAAAAGACAUGGUUUAUGCACAGUAGUUAGAUACUAUAAUUACUCAUGGUGAAGAACGCUGUAAGAGUGGUAAAGUAGGACAAAGGUAGCAGAGUGAUAAUAUUAAAAGCAUAACAUUCAGAGCUUUACAAUAUAACUACAGAAGGUGACUUACACACUUGUUCUUUGAAGUGUGGCAUGCAAGCUGUAAAGGGCAGGCUUCUGUACAGGAUGAACACUCAAGAAGAAUGCUCCAGCAGCACUCCAACUUUAUUGGUGCCAAAAACCAGGUAACAUAUAGGCUUCACCAUCUCAAGCUGUGUAGUAAAGGGCUGUUGAAGCCUGAAACAUCGCCCAGUUUGUGGACACAAAUUACCAAAUCAUUUUCAUUAUAAUUCAGAGUGCUGCCGUAAUAUUAUUCUUAUGUGGAGUCUUACAAAUACUGUUUUGAAGUUAUCAGCAUCACCUUCACCUGUACAUGUCAAAACCUUACAUUCAAAUAUAAUUCCACCCCAACGUAAAGCACACUGAUCUUUGUGCGAAAGUAUAAUUUUAAGCUUAACUGGCCAAUAUAACAUCUUUGAGCAUUAUUAUCUGUAUCUUUUAGCUGAAUUUUCAAAUCUUAAACAUUUGUGUAUAAAACUGCUCCAGGACAUCUAGUCCAAAUUCAAAAGUACUAAUACCACAGCAUUAGGCAAGGAAGAUAAACAAACAUUAGGCAAGGAAGAUAAACAAACAUACCGAAGGGAACCUCUCUGUAAGGCAGGCAAAAGGGCUCAGUGAAUCCAAGCAUGUUGUGUUAAAGCAGGCCAACAAGGCAUUUAGUGUAGAAAAGGCUUUCAUCAUCAGAUAGAGCAUGGUCAGUAAUUGUUCUACAAUAUGAAAGCUCUGUGUCUUCUUAACACUUUUAAUUUGGCCAGACACCCUCACUGGUGAAAGUAUAAAGGUUUUCUUGUGGUAGGAAGCAGCUAGUGAUAGGGUGGUAAAGAUUAUUAUCAACCAACUGUUUUUUCUCUGUUUUUGGGGCGAGAGUGAUGAAUAUAGAAUAUACAUAAAGGAGAUAUAUAACUAAGGGUGAAAAGAUCAUGCUUCUCACCAUUAGUCUUUAAAGUACUCUUUAGAUUUUUUUUAAUUAGCGGAAUUGCGUAUGUGCCCUAGGCUGGAAAUUUCAAGUGAAUUAACUAGAGUGGUUUACCCUAUAAUUUCUUAUUGUAGGCCAAUGUUUUGCCCCAUUUCUGUUAUCUCUAUAUUGUGCAAUACUAAUCAAACUACCGUGGACAUGUGGAAACGGGUGAAAAGUCUGGUUCAGGUCUUCCAUCCCACAGCAACCAAUCAGGUGUAACCUUUUACAAUUUUAACUGCAGCAGACCUAUGAUUGGUUACUAUGGAUUUCUAAACCUCGAUAGGGUUAUGCAUCUUUCCUAGUGGUCACAUCUAGUAUUGAUGCAGGAGCAAACAUGCACACUAACAUGUAAUGCAGUUGCACAUACUAAUCUUGGUAUAACUGAAAGACAGGACACCUUUUGUAACCUGAAACUGAUGGUUUCUCCCAGCUAACGAAUAAUUAGAAAAAAAAAGUACAGAAAAUGCUAUUACUACUAUUUUAUCAGUGAAACAACAUUAUGAGUGCACAAUAAGGGACCACACUGCACUAUUUGGCCAUUGCUUUUGCAUGUAUGACAUUUGUGGGAUCUCUGCACAGCUCAAUGAAAUGUCUGGGAUAUGCAUAAGCUUUUUGUAUCUUCUUCUUUUGCCAUAUGUAAUUUUCUUGCUUUGUAGGUGUAACGCCAGUUUGAUGUCCUAUGUAAGUGACCAUCAUCCUUAGAGAUUCCUUUCAGGCUUAACUAAUAAGUUCUACAGAGGGCUGCAUUUGAAUGAAUUAUGUAAAGGACUCCUAAUAAACAAAUGGGUUAAGCUCUGUUUCUGAAGAAGGCUAGUAUUAGAGUAUGUCUUUUUUUAAUGCAUCUUAACCAAAGUGACCACAAUAAAAAAGGACAUCUAGCAGGAAUGUAAAAAUUCACAAACUCCUCCCUACAUGCAUUUUACAAAAGGUGGGUAACCUAUUCCUUUUAUCUAUAGUGCCCACCAAUCAGGCUUCUUACUUUAAAAAGAAGGAAGGCAACAGGGUCAUGAACGAAGGCAAUAGGGUCAGUUUCAUGUCAGGCAGCAUGAGGCUCCUAUUUCUGUUAUUGCAGGAACCAAGGCACACACAGCCACUGUUGCAGUUACCUACUCUAAAUAACAAUGUGAAAAGUCAUCUGUUUUGUCAAUAUUAGUGAAGUGUGCUAAGAAUACAUUAGUCAUACUGUGUAGCACAAACGGAGAAGAGGAAACUGGAGUUCCUUUCUUGCACUUGUAGGGGGUGUAGUUCCUAAAUCAGACACCUUUCUGUUGUUUUAUCAUUAAAAUGGACUAUGCUAUUCAGCCCUGCUCUUUUAAUUUCUUGACAGUUACAACCUCUAGCUUUUCAAAAGAAAUGGAAGUGAUGCUUUGUUUUAAAAUGGGUUAAGUUAAACCAGCACCCAGAGAGAAUCAUGGUGAUAAAGUAUAGUUUUCAGGGUUCCAGCAGUUCAUAAUACAAUGUCAUGAUCUCUGAUUACUGAGCCUGAAAGAGGAUUCUGGGAUUUGUAGUUCGGCAACAGUUCAAGAUCUGUAAGUUGCCUAUGCUUGUUGGUCAUUAAAUUAUAAAAAAUGUG